AUGGCAGCGCAGACCCAAGCUAGUCUCCUGCUUCUGAAGCAGCUAAAAGGUACCCUGAUCGGUUCGAAAACUCGCCUUGUGGGUUCCUCCCACCAGUUCCGUUUCGUGAUCUGCGGAAACCUCGGCUGUAUGGUAAUUAAUGUUCAUCGUUGGGUCAGAUCUAAGCAAGAGUCCCGUGGAUGGCUUCUCGGCCGGGCUAGUGGACGAUAGCAAUAUCUUCGAGUGGAGUGUGACGAUCAUCGGGCCACCGGACACACUUUAGUGAGUUUUCUCCGUCGUCCAUACGCCUUGUCUCUCGAUCGGGUUUUUUCUAGCUUCGGCGGUCUCCUUGGGUACGGUUUUGCAUCUGGAUCAGGUAGUGAUUUUAAAUUUGGAUAUUGGAAAUUGGUGUUGCUGCUACCUGUCCACCCAAGGACUGCUUCCAACUUUAGCAGAAUGAAAUACUAGAUUUUAGUGAAACAUUCCAACAGUGUAUUUUAAUUUCUUCCCGAAGUGGUUCAUAAUAAGAUGAGACAGAUUCUCAAAAGCGAUUUCUGAUGUGCUUCGUCUUUUGGUAUUCCGUAUUUAAUUUGCAUGAAGAUUUGUAGGUGGAUCCCUGUUCAUUUGUAGAAACCUAUUUCAGCUUCUACGCAUUUUUAUUCGCACUGGUCAGGGUCGCUUUAGAGGAUCUCAUACGGUUGAUACAGGCAUACAAUAAUCUCGAAAUGGACCUUGUUACGAUUUGCUGCAACCCUCAAUCCUCUUCGCCUUGUUCACCCAUAGUCAACGUCUCAUGAAGAAGUUCAUAACAGCAUAGUCCUCUCCCCUGAGAAGAGGAUGAGCUUUGACGCGUAUCUGAUCAAAUUUCCUGUUUGCAGUUUUUUUUUAAGCUGGGAUGUCUCUGCAUUAAAUCUAAAAGUGUUAACUUUCUGUUGCUCUUGUGAAAAAGUUAAUAUUCGAUCGAAUUCUGAUCACAUUCUCAGUUUUAAGAUUUAAUACUUGUAUAUUUUCUUUAUUCUAUUCUGUUAGAGAGUUCUGGGGGAGGGAAAUAUAUACUAUCAGAGCAGCAUAAUGGACUUUGGGUUUCUUUCUAGUAUUAGAGAUGUCCAUGCCUUAAUAUGAGGUGCUAUGUGAAAUGGGUUCGGGCCUGUCACUUUUUACUUUUUGUUCAUCUUAGUAUUCUACUUGAUAAAUAAAGAAGAUAUUCUCCCGGACUUCCCCGAGCAUUUCUGAUGUCUUGCCUGGCUAGAAGGCUUAUGCUUCAUAAUUUUGGGUCAGCUGGGGCCUGAGAAUUUUCCUUGAGUAGUGAUGUGCUUUUCUUGUUCAUAACCCGUUUACUUAUGUUGUGAAUGUAGUGAGGGAGGCUAUUUCAAUGCGAUUAUGAGUUUCCCAGAGAAUUACCCAAACAGUCCUCCUUCUGUGAGAUUCACCUCAGAAAUGUGGCAUCCUAAUGGUAUGUCCCUCUUGUUCUUGCUUUUCCACACCUCUUAUUUUGUAUUUUAUGUCCAUCUAUCAGAUUUUGCACGUUAGAAUCUUCUGACAGCUUGCUGAUUCUGUCAAAGAAUUCAGUUUACCCAGAUGGACGUGUAUGCAUUUCUAUUCUUCAUGCACCUGGAGAUGACCCCAGUGGCUACGAGCUUGCAAGUGAGCGUUGGUCACCUGUGCAUACGGUAUGCUGCAGUGAAAGUAUCCUUUGAAUAUGCACUACCCUUUCUCUCUGUAGAUGUACGCUUAUGUAUUUAUAUUAUAUAGAUUUAUCCGCGUGUCUGUGGACGGUAACAAUCUAAACAUUAACAAGAUUCUAACAAAGAGAAGAGCUGUUAUUUUGGCUAUUUAAACUUAUUUUCUUUACGAUUUGUUUGUAGUUUUAAGAGGUGGUGAUUUAAAUGAUCAUUUACGGGGGUUUUCUGAGGGGAUUAUGAAAAUUACAGAAAUGGCAUAGAUCAUACUCCGUGCAGGACUCAGGUGGUUGUCAGUUGGUUCGAUUCAAAAUAGGUAAGAAAUAGAUUUCUGUUCACGUUUUUCUCCAAUAUUUGGGGAGACAUACGGGUUUUGAUGUUAAUGUUGAAUCACUCAAGAAACUUUAACAAAAAAAAAAUGUUAUAAGACGAAGAUUAAUGACGCUUUAAAAAUGAAUGAUUUUAACAUAAGUGAGUAUCUCAUAAUCCGAGGUCGAAUUCACUCUUGAAAUGAUCAUUGUCAAGAGUGUUCAUACUACUACCCACAGCUGGUUAGAAAUGUGUAGAGGUGUGCUAGAGACAGGAGUAAGGAGCAAUGAACAUUUUUCUUUUCUGGUGCUGAGAUUCAUAUUUUGCUUUUUUUUUUUUUUUUUUUUUUACAAGCUUCGACCUAUUUUCCUUGGGUUGAUGCAAAACACUGCGAUGGAAAUAUGGGCUAUUUGACAUUCAUAAAGAAGAGUGAAGUAACGAGAGUACUCUUUAAUUUUCUGAUUAGCUAUGUAAAUUUCUUGAACAUGCAGGUUGAAAGUAUAGUCCUGAGUAUCAUUUCGAUGCUUUCAAGCCCUAAUGACGAAUCGCCUGCAAACAUUGAGGCUGCUGUGAGUUUAUCUCCUCACCAUUUAGUUGCCUGUCCUUGUCUUUUUUAUGCUUGCUGAUCUAAAAAACGACUCAUUCAUGUCAACUUAGUCAGCGCGUUGAAACUGCGAUGAUAAUAUGGUUCCAGAGCAGAAGUUCGAAUGGCACCGGUUGUUUGGGUCCUCUAAUUUAUGGAUCCUGCUGGGUUUUUCAGUUGGUCAACGAAGGGACUAAAUCGGCCGAAGAUGAUAAUUUAUAGCAUUUUCUUUUUAAUGAUUUAGACGAAGGGACUAAAUCGGCCGCCUUUUCAGGGUACAAAUAGGUCUGAUCACAUCACUCUUAGAUCAGCGUAUGGUUAUCAAUUAUUUAUAGUUUUCAAAUAUUUUUUAAAAUCUUCAAGACGAGAAGAGAGAUUUCGGAUUACUUUGAAGCCUCUGUCUCUCCCAGCUGCGCUGUUUCUCUGCUAGUGCGUCGUUUGACUCAGCUGGUUGACUUUGCAGAAAGAAUGGAGAGAGAAGAGGGACGACUUUAAGAAGAAGGUCAGCCGGAUCGUCAGACGCUCUCAAGAAAUGCUCUGA